CUUCAGUCAACUUCUUUAUUAUAUAAUUUUUUCGUCGCACUUUUACAUACACAGACAGACCAUGGAGACAGUCAUCAUUACAACAAAAAAGAAGGAGGUCGUUCCUAAGGCUGCCGGGGAGUUCGUCGCCGGCACAAUGGGCGGCUGGGCGCAAGUGGUCGUCGGCCAUCCCUUCGACACAAUCAAGGUGCGCAUGCAGACACAGCCCAAUCCGCCGGUUUACUCUGGUGGCAUGGACUGCCUGCGGGCAACCAUCAAGGGUGAGGGCAUGGCAGGCCUGUACAAGGGUGUGACAUCGCCGCUGGCCGGAAUUGGCUUCUGCAACGCCGUGGUGUUUGCUGCCAACGGGUACUUUCUGCGCCUGCUGCAGUCCAACUCCUCAGGCCCACUGACGCUGAACCAGAAGGCGAUGGCCGGUGGUCUUGCCGGAGGAGUCAUGUCUUUCCUUAAUUGCCCCGUUGAGCUGCUCAAGGUCAAGCUGCAGACCCAGUCUGCCAUCGCCGCUGUAGCCGGCCACAAGCCGUACACUGGCGUGUUUAACUGUGGCCUUCUGGGGCUAUUUUGGAUGUAUGAGGGCCUCAAGGCGGCGCUCGUGUACCGUCGUUUGGGCGUGGCUGACGGGUCAAAGAGCAACGGCGCGGAGCAAUUCCUUGCCGGCGGCUUUGCUGGUAUCGCGGCUUGGCUGACGGCAUAUCCGCAGGAUGUUAUCAAAUCACGCAUGCAGAUGGAUUACAAGUACAAGACAACGUCAGACGCGUUCAAGGCUCUAUUGCACGAGUCCAAGGGCGGCAACUGGCGCAUAUUCUUCCGCGGAUUUGGCCCGACCAUCCUCAGAGCAUUCCCCGCCAACGCUGCCACGUUUGUGAUGUACGAGUGGACAAUGAAGGCCUUGAGUAGCUAACCACAACCAUACAAAUUCAAUGACAUUUAUAACCCAAUGUUUAAUCAAUACACAAAAAAGCUCGGCUCUCCAGUGCGCGGAUCAGAAUCAUGAAACGCAAUCAUGAUUAACUGUUAUUUGCUGGUGGGGGGUUUUGUUUGGUUUCGUCUAAAACACGCGCAGUAACUUUUUUUGCAUUUAGAAAAUAAUUAAAGACGCGGUUACUGCUGACAUUCUUGGCCCCAUCGCCCGCGGCCUACAAUACUGCCUCCGCGUCUUUUCUUACGAGGGGAAUGAGGAAUGGGCUUGCAAUUAAGCCGCCCACGGCGGUUGCGCCCAUCUUUGGAAGAGGAUGAAAUUUGCACAACCAGGUAUGUAUCUCGCCCACCGCAAUCCGGGUCGCGUUGCUUCCUCUGUUGUCAAAAACCCAUUUUCUUUUAAUUAAUA